AUGUCCUCGCCUCCCCCGAUCCCAAUCUCAUCCCAACAAUCCUCCCACAACCACAAAUCCUCCAUCACCAUCCCGAUCCCAUCUUUCCGCCCCAUCCUCACGCGCCUCUCCGGCCUCUCCCGCCACGCGCUCUCCAACAGCCGCCCCUGGACCGAGCUCAUCGACCGUACCGCCUUAUCCAGACCGGGCUCGUUCUCCGAGGCCGCCUCGCGGGUGCGCAAGAACGUCGCCUACUUCCGCGUCAACUACCUAAUCGUACUCGCGGUCGUACUCGCCUACUCCCUCAUCUCCCACCCCUUCUCUCUCCUCACCCUAGUAACCCUCUCAGGCGCAUGGAUCUUCCUCUACGUGCUUCGACCGUCCGAUCAGCCUUUAGUGAUCUUCGGCCGCACGUUCUCGGACACCCAGGCCCUGUUCGGGUUGGGCCUCGCGACGCUGUUCGCUAUCUUGGUUACGAGCGUAUUGUCGCUGAUUCUGACGGCGGUGAUGGUGGGGGUAAUGAUCGUGUGCGCUCACGGUGCAUUUAGAGAUCCCGAGGAUCUGUUCCUCGACGAUCAGCAGCCGUUGGCUUCCGGGUUCACUUCAAUAUUCGGCGGUGGGGACCCUGCGUUUGGUUCUGCGAGUGCCAGUGUGAUGUCACGUGUCUAG